CGCAUGUUUAGUGCGACAAGCAUGAGCCGCAAGACGCAAGCCAUCCGCAACCCACAAGUCGAUGAGGAUGGCAAUGAGAUGAUGUUGGAAAUCACGCCACGCGCCGCUCAGCGUCUCACCAAAAUCAUGACCAAAGACCAAAACCCUUACCUAGCCCUGCGCAUACAGGUUGAGUCGGGUGGCUGUCAUGGGUUUCAAUACAGGAUGGAAAUGGCACCAUCGACGACCACGACCACGGAGGCGCUACAGUCGGAACUUGGCGAAGACGAUACAAUAUUUGCUUUCGCAAAAGACGAUGCUGCGCAGGAACAAUUUGACGCUCAGACAUUGGUGACGGCGCCCAAGAUUGUGCUGGAUGGUCCGAGUUUGGACCUGCUGAAAGGCUCAAAACUGGAUUUUACCAUGGAACUCAUCGGAAGCCAGUUUAAAAUUACCGACAAUCCUGCUGCGACGAGCAGCUGUGGCUGUGGCACGAGUUUUGAUGUUAAGAUAUAG